AAAAAAUCCCCGCCGUCCACUCCAAGUGAAUACGCCGGAUAACAUUCUACCACCACCGCCACUUGCCCCGUCGCCGGUAAUCUGAAUCGUCCAAAGCAAAGAUGGAGGAAGACAUGGCGAACCGUAGAGUGUCGAGUCGUACCCGUAAGGUUGCUUCGAAGAUGGCGGCUGCUCUUACAAGCACCGACAAUCGAACCCAGGCUGCUAUAGCUAGGCUGGAAGCUUUAGAGAACGACAAUGGGGCCUUGGAGGUGGUUGAUUUGAACGAUGAUGAAGAAGCAUCUCUCGACGAAGAAGAUGAUCUCGGUUACUUGCAGAAGAAGCAACCCAAAGGAUCAAAGCGUAAAACUCGACAAGCGAAAGCUUUGGAAGCUCGUAAAGCUCCCAAGUCAUUCACUGACCUCUUGCAGGAGGCAAAUUUGGAAUCUUUACCGUCGCAUGUGCCCACUUACUUGAAAGCAGCUGUGGGACCUCCGAGCUCGUCUUCUCGUCGCCAUUUCUGCACAGUUUGUGGUUACAUUGCAAGCUACAGUUGCUGCUUAUGUGGGAUGCGGUUUUGUUCUAUCCGUUGCCAAAACAUUCACAAGGACACUCGUUGUCAGAAGUUUGUUGCAUAAGGAACAAUAAUAAAUGUUAAACAGCAUUUUUUUCAAAAAAUUGUACUGAAACAUCACCACAUCAACGUGUGUUCUCUCUGUCAUGAAUGUGAAAAAUAGCCAAAGCAAAAAAAAAACGGCGACGUUUUUCUCUAA